AGCGAGAAGAAUCUAAAAAUAUCACCAAAAAAAUGUCACUUAAUUGGUUCUAAUUUUAGAGACAUAAAUGCGCGCGAUGUGUGUGAAAAAUGUUUUCUGCAUAAAUGAAUUUACAUUUCGUGUUGCUGGCUCAUGUUGUUGUUAUUAUUUUUUGUUGUUGUUGUUGUUUUUGUUGUUGAUUUAUCUGUCAUCAAAUGGUUUUUUGAGAAUUAAUUUAGAUUAUCACGCGUUUUGGGUGUUUUACUUUUUAUUUUUUUUCGUUCUCAUUUUUGUGUGAUUUGCAAAGUGCAAUUUAUUUUGUUGCGGGUGAAUAAGAAAAUGUGAUUUAUCAUUUUAUUUAAGUGGUUUGUUAUACGAUUUUUUUUUUCUUAAUUUUUUUUUUGUUUUGAAAUUAAUCGUUAGUGCUGGGUGAUGGUGAUUUUUUGUUUGCUUAAAUUUAAUUGGAAAAGCAAAACAAUUAAUAGAUUUGACUAAGAUUUUCUCACCAACCCAUGAAAGAAGUGUGAAAUAUUUUUUUAAUAAAAAUAUUAAGCACUUUUAUUAAAAAAAAAAAAAAUUAAAAAAAAAAAAACAACCACUCAACAUUCACUGAAAUAAUUGCCUAAAAAUAAAAUAAAAAUUUCAAAAAUUCAAAAGUUUAGAAAAUCAUGCUACAAUUGAAUAAAUGUAACGCGACAAGAAGUCGGACGCUUCAAAAAUUAGAUGCCAUCAGUUGGAUUGUGAUUGCAACAAUAUUUUUAAUGGCCAUCAAUAGCAACAUUGUGACGAUAGAAGCUGCAGAUACAUUGUUGGGGAAUCUCCAAUCGUGUUCCAACGAAGGCGAAGAAGUUCAAAUUCAAGGAAUACAAAAUUCAAAUUGCUUCAAAUGUGCCUGCCAGAAUGGAUUUGUUAAUUGCGAUAAAGAGAGCUGUCCACAUAUUGAUGAUUGCUAUUUGCUGGAUCCAAAAGCAUCAGAUACUUGUUGUAGAAAAUGCAAAGGUUGUGUUUUCAAAGGAAUCACUUAUGCCAGUGGUGCCGAAUGGACAGAUCCUGAAAAUCCUUGCUUAACAUACAAAUGCAUUGCGAGUGUCAUUACAGAAACAACAAUGAAAUGUUACACGCAGUGUGAUAAUAAUCAAAUAAUGCCACCGCGUCCAGGUGAAUGCUGUCCAACUUGUUGGGGUUGCAAAAUCAAUGGUCAAACAGUAGCUGAGGGUCAAGAAGUCGUUGCGUCCAUCGAUGAUCGAUGUUUAGUUUGUAAAUGCUCUGGCAGAAAACUAACCUGUGCCAAAAAGACUUGUCCAGUUUUGCAAUGCCCCAUCUGGAAACAAGUGCAACAUCCUGACGAAUGUUGUCCACGUUGCACAGAGAAGCGAGAAUUUAUGCAAGUGCAAGGAAAAUGUAUUUUCAAUCAAAAAGUCUACACCGACAAAAAGCACUUCAUACCAGAUCGAUGUUCAAAUUGCACCUGUUCAGAUGGUACAUCGAUAUGUCGUCGCGAAACCUGCCCCAUCCUGGAAUGUUCUCCCGAAUAUCAAGAAAUGGACUCUGAUGGUUGUUGUCCUCGCUGUAUGACUUCGGAACUUCGUUCCGAAUGCAAUUACAAUGGAACCACUUAUCAACAUGAUGAAACUUGGAACAUGGGACCCUGUCGUUCGUGUCGGUGCAACGCUGGUACAAUUCGUUGUGCCGAAAUGAAAUGUCCACCUAUUAAAUGCAAAUCCAAUGAACCUGUUGUCAUACCACCGGGACAGUGUUGUCCGAAAUGUGUCGAAACAGCUGGAACCUGUACCGUUUUUGGUGAUCCGCAUUUCAAGACAUUCGAUGGGAAGUUUUUUAGCUUUCAAGGAUCGUGCAAGUAUCAGCUGGCUGCUGAUUGCCGAGAUCACACUUUUACAAUACGUCUUACCAAUGAUGGCCGACAGACGAAACGGUCUUCCUGGACGAAGACGAUUACACUGAAAAUGCGUGGUGUCCGUGUGACAUUGGGACAGAAACUUCGUGUUAAAGUUAAUGGUAGUCGAGUUAUUCUACCCUAUUCACGAGGGCCAAUUGUGAGUAUUGAGCGUUUGACUGAAGGAAUUCUUCUCAAGACCGAACUGGGGCUUCAGUUGGAAUGGGAUGGUAACAAUUUCCUGCAAGUACAAGUACCAUCGUCUUACAAAGGUAAACUCUGUGGUCUCUGUGGCAACUUUAAUGGAAUCGGUCGUGACGAUCUCACCUCUCGAGAUGGCAACAACCAUUCUGACUCGGAAGUCUGGCGUUUUGCGAAUUCCUGGAAAGUCGGUGGCCCUAAAGCCUGCAGUCGCAAAAAGGAGAACAUUGCUGUACCACCGAUUUGCAAGCAGCGACGUAGCAGCAUGAGCUGCAAACCACUUAUGGGAUCCGAAGUAUUUGGAGACUGUGAUAGUAGACUAAAUCCACGAAAUUACUUUGAGUCCUGCAAGAUGGACACGUGCGAAUGCAAGACGGGCAUGUGUCAAUGUGACAGCUUUGCCGCCUACGCUCACGAAUGCAAACGACUUGGAGUGAAGAUACCUGACUGGCGAUCGGCGACAAAUUGUCCUCUGGGAGUGCAUCGCAAGGCCAUGCAUCAAACGGUGCCAUUCAAUGAUAAUAUUAAAGAUGGCAAUCAGUUAUAUAGAGGCGGUGGAGGUAGAGGAGGAGGAGGAGGACGAGAUAGAGGAGAAGGAGGCAGCUCGUCGUCUGGCAUCAUCACAAAUCAUUUAGCCAGACCGUCAAAGAAACGAUUGCACAUGCAAAUGCAAUCCGAAGAGCAUGAGUUCUUCACGAAGCAUAUACCAAAAGCAUUGCGUAUACCGAAAUCACCAGACCGAACGCCCCCGCCACUGCACUAGGGUAAGCAGUUAGGCAGGCUGGAUUUAAUUUAAACAAAAAAAAAAAAAAAAAAUUACGGUUUAUUUUUUUUUUUUUUAAUUAACCGUUUUACUAACUUAACUAUAUUUUAUUAUAAAUUAUUUAUAAUUAUUUUUUUUUUAUUUAAUUUUUUUUUUUUUAAUUUAAGUGAUUUUAACUUAUAUCGUGUAAAUUUAAGUGAGACAAAACAAAACAAAAAAAAAGUGAGUGAAAUGUAUAAGAAAAUAAAACAAACAAACUACAAUAUUCCUAAAAAAAAAAAGAAAAAUACAAACAAACAAAAAAAAUAAAGUCCUGAAGGAUGGAUUUUGAAGGUCAGAGAGGGUUAGUGGUUUUAUGUUAGCUAAAAAUUUGACAAAAUCGAUCUCAAAAUCAUGGUACAAAUUUGGAAUUACACAGAAAAUUAGGUAAUUAUUAUGAGUACAAAAAAAAAUAUUCACAUCAUAUUGAUUUAUUUUUUCAUCACAUCUUACUGUUGGGCACCAUUUUUGAAA